CGAUUUAUUCCUGGUAAACGAGUAAACCUGGUCACAGACAAGAGCGUAUGGUUGCACAACACGUAGCGCACACAGCAAGCAGUGCCUCAAUAAAAACUAAAGAGGAUUCCGCCUCUCGGCUGGUCUUGGCUCUCCACGCCAAGGCCAAAUUGACUUAAAGGGCUCAGGAAGGGAGGAAUGCUGGGCGGAGCGUCUUGGCGGUUACGCACCACCGCCGAGAAUGUCUGCUACCUACGGCUAUUAGCUAUUACCCAGUUGGUUCUGCGUGUGCUGGCUCCGCACGGUGUAUGGCUGCCUCAUUAUUGGCCUUGGCAAGCCCGUUAUUGGUAUUAUUGCACGUAUUUGCCGGGCCGAGCGGACGAUCGCCCGGGACCACUGGCCGGCCUCUGCUCGCACAGCAACCAUGAGUUCCUAUUUUGAGGCUAUGCUGACCCGCGGGGGUUCGCCCCUGAUCUGCAAUGGAUUGUACGAUCAGCCUUGGCAA